GAAAGAAAGAAAAGCAGCUAGAUCUGAGUCUCCAGCAGAGUAAAGGGAAGCAGCAGAUCAUGAGCCUGUUGGGUUUGCCAAGAGGCUAAUUUGGACAAGGGUUGGUCAGUCCCUACCACGGGUAUACUGGAAAAGUUCAGGCAUGUCUGAGCCUGCUACAGCUGACAUUAUUAAUACAAGUGGACUAGUAAUGCCUGCCCCUAAAGUAUGGGGCAGCCAAUUUGUGGUUGCGAUGGCCUCGUAGUCAAGGCUUCCUUAAAAUCAAAUCUUGCUUCCAGUGAUAAUUGUGGUGUGAGAAACAGAGUCCUCUUGCUUAGUCAUGCCACUGGACUACUGUCUUCAAAUGGCUACCUUUCUGUUUAGAGGUCUCAGGGUCUCAUCUAUGAAGCUACUGACCUCUGAGUUCCAUUUCCUAUUAGGCUCAUUGCUGCCUAAGUACACUGUCUUCCUUUUUCCUCUCCCAGCUUACAUUAUUGUUUGAGCUAACUGCCCUAAUUCAUUUAUUUAAUACUUUCACCAAGUGCCUAUUGUGUGCGGCUGAGAAGGUACAUGUUCAUACGGAUGAAGAAGACAGACAAAACCCAAGGAAAUAAACAAGAUAAUUUCAGAUAGUGUGGGAAGAUGGAGGAGUAUGAGGAGUUCUGUGAGAAGGCUCUUGCCAGAAUGCAGGAAGCAUCCGUGGCCACAGAGAGCUUCCUACCCCCGAGGUCUCAGAGUGUCUCCCUGAUUCACUUCCACGGAGUGGCUGUGCUUUCUCCUCUGCUUAACCUUGAGAAGAGAAAGGAAAUACAAGAAGAAAAGCAGAAAGCACUUGAUAGAGAAGCAAGAAAGCAGGUUAAUAGGAAGAAAGCUUUAUUGAUGCGUGUUCAGGAGAUUCUUGAAAAUGUUCAGGUUAGAAAAGCACCUACUGCCAGUGACUUUGAUGAUUGGGAGACUGAAGUCAAAGACUUGAAUGUUUCUUCUGCCUUCCCAAAUAGCUUGCCCAGGCCUGCUGAACGCUCUACAUUAGCAGAGCUUGAAAACAUACCUGGAAUCUUGCCAUUGGCUAAUGAAGAACAGUGUAAACCUAACAGGAUGGUCUUAGCUGGAGAUGCAGAAGUAGUUAAUUCACUGAAGCAAUGUGAUGGUUCAGAUAUUGAUCCUGCAGAAAAUGAGGCUUCUCCAAAGACCCCCUCAAUCCCCCUCCAUGACACUCUCAUUUCCAAUGGCCUCUUAUCAACAAACGAAGAGCAAGAUCCCUUGCUUUUGGCAGAUGUCACAACGUCAGAUCCCUACGUCAUGAGUCUGCAGAACUUGAUGAAAAAAUCAAAGGAAUUUCUAGAGAGGGAGGAGUAUCGGAGCAGCCUGAAGAGUGGUGCUAGGAGGAGUGUCAAUGAGAGUCACUCAGACAAGGAGAACGAUGCUGCUAGAGCCGGUGACUGUGUGGACAAGGCCCCGCUAGCCAGCAAGCACUGUGGCUCCCUCAUUCCUGACAAACCAAGCCUUAAUAAGUCCAACGUUCUCCUCCAAGGUGCUUCCUCUCCGGCAAGCAGCCUGAGCACCUCUGCCUUAGCUGGCUUUUCUAAAGGAGAUGUACCUGCUGGACCUGGCUACCCUUCUCUUCUGGAUCCUGAGUGUGAUAUUAAAGUUAGGCCCAUGUUUGUUACCGAAAACAAUGUCAUCAAAAGUCUUACAGGUUCAUAUGCCAAAUUACCUAGUCCAGAACCAAGUAUGAGUCCUAAAAUGCAUCGGCGGCGUUCCAGGCCAUCAUCAGCAUGUCACAUUCUUAUCAAUAACCCUAUAAAUGCCUGUGAAUUGAGCCCUAAGGGCAAAGAGCAGGCAGUGGAUGUAGUUGUUCCAGCCAUUGAUGACAAAAGAACGGAACCUGAGACUGUGCCAAAGUUACCAAGUGAUGUAGCAGGGGUGUGUUCAAGCAAGGUUUAUGUCAGCAAGAAUGCAUCUGAAACUACAGAGGAUCUGGCUAUGAGUAAAUCAAGUCAGCUGUGUCCGUCUCUAGGAAAUCAAUUACAAGAAAGAGGUACUCCUGGACUUGCUACUGCAGAAGGUCAGAUGCCAUCUGGUGAGAGCGGGGCAUACAGAGUGCAUAGUUCCUGUGCCACAGUGCCUGAGGUGCCUGAGCCCUGUGCUACCAGUCAGUGCCUAGCAAGUCUCAGUUUAGGAGCGGGAAGUGGGCUCAAGCCAGCUGGGAUACCAGAGAAGGGCUGGAAUUCACAAAUGGAACUGAAUAAGUCUUAUGAUGUGAAACACCCCUCUCCCUUACUAAUGCAAACCCAGAGUGCCCAACAGCAGGUGGCCACACCUACAGUGCCCUGUGGAGAUGAACAGCUUUUGGAUAACAGCUUUGAAAAAGUGAAGCGGAGACUUGAUUUGGAUAUUGAAAGUUUGCAAAAGGAAAACUGCCCUUAUGUAAUAACAACUGGAAUGGUUGAGCAGGAAAGGCAACAUUUACCAGAAAAAAGAUACCCCAGGGGACCUGUCUGCAUUAACAAGAACAAAAUUCUAGACACUGGCACCAAAGAAGGUGAGGAGAUGCUAAGAAGUAAGAUGUUAGCAUUUGAAGAAAUGCGGAAGAGACUAGAAGAGCAGCACGCCCAGCAGUUGUCACUACUCAUUGCUGAGCAGGAGCGGGAGCAGCAAAGACUGCACAAGGAAAUAGAAGAACAGGAGAAAAUGUUGAAAGAGAAAGCCAUUACAGCAGAAGUCUCAGAAUUGAACUUGAGCUCUGCGGCGGAGUUGGAAUGGAAGAAGAGAAGUGACUCUGGCUUGCUAGAAUCAGUGCUCCCUCAGGUGGACUUAUUCCGAACUUCUGUUCCAAACAGCUCUGGUUUCACAAACUCUGCUCUCCAGUACAGUGUUGCUUCUGCGAAUGAAGCACCGUUCUUCCUCCGGGGGUCCUCAGCCAGCAGCAUGAGCAAGCGCUCCAUGACAAGGCCUUUCGGAAGGGCCCAGGCUAGGUGGCCUCAGGUUUUCAGUCCAGAAGUCCAAGCCAAGUUUAACAAGAUAACUGCAGUGGCAAAGGGGUUUCUUACCCGCAGGCUAAUGCAGACGGACAAGCUGAAGCAGCUUCGGCAAACCGUGAAAGACACCAUGGAAUUCAUAAGAAGCUUCCAGUCAGAAGCCCCGUUAAAAAGGGGUAUUUCAGCACAGGAUGCCUCCCUCCAGGAGAGAGUGUCAGCACAGUUGCGAGCUGCCCUUUAUGGUAUUCACGACAUAUUCUUUGUAAUGGAUGCAGCUGAAAGAAUGUCUAUUCUCCAUCAUGACCGAGAGGCCCGCAAGGAGAAGAUGCUUAGACAGAUGGACAAGAUGAAAAGCCCCCGUGUGGCUCUUUCAGCUGCAACACAGAAGUCUCUGGACAGGAAGAAGUUCAUGAAGGCUGCUGAAAUGGGAAUGCCAAAUAGGAGAUUUCUGCUUAAACAAAAUCCUUCUGAAACAAGAGUCCUCCAGCCAAGUCAAGGACAGAAUGCACCUGUUCAUCGGCUGCUUAGUAGACAAGGAACCCCUAAGACAUCAGUGAAGGGGGGUGUGCAAAAUAGACAGAAGCCUUCCCAGAGCAGAGUGCCUAGCAGAGCGCCUGUUGCAGGAGUAUAUGCAGGAAAAACCCAAAGAAAGCGGCCAAAUGUUGCGACAAUUUAAGAAGACAGCAUUCACUGGGGUGACAACUUGGGGAAUAUGAUUGUCCAGGUCAUUUUCCUGCCCAUGACUGUCUUACCAUGGCAAAGUGACAGCAAAGGUCUGAGCAGUCACCUGAUAGUUUCGCUGGUCUGGCUAGUGCGGGCUCACUGCCCAUUUACUGUACAUUUGGUGUGGAUGGAGACAGAUUAGUGUUUAGUAACUGUCUCUUCUCUGUGUUUAACACAUACAAACAAAGUAUAUUUUGUGUGCCCAGGUGUCUGCAGAGAACUCUUUGGUAAACUUAAAAAGGACAUUUGGAUUUAUUUUUACAAAAUUCUGAAAAUUGUAAGUAAGCACUAAAAGGUAAAUUGCAUUCAUAUGCAAGGUUUUUCUCCUUUUUUUGGCUGGUCCUAGGGCUUGAACUCAGGGCCUGGGCACUAUCCCCAAGCUUUUCUGCUCAAGGUUAGCCCUCUACCACUUGAGCCACAGCUCCACUUUGGGUAAGUUGCAUUCAUUUCUUCAUACUGACUGCUGAAUUUGUGAAUUAGACACUGGUCUAGUCAAAGGGAAAUUAUUUUCUCAUUUUUGUAAACUUGAAUACUCAGAAUCUCAUUUUUUUUUGGCUUGUGGUAUAACGAUGUGGGCAAACACGUGUACCAAUUUUGAUCAGAAACACACGCUCUUGUCAAGGAGUAUCUGCCGCCAUUGUGAUCAGUGGCCCUACCAGGGGGUCUUUUGGGGAGCAGGCACACCCUCUUCUCAAAUGUAGGGCUCCGUAGAAACUCAUAGCUUCUCUGAUCUCCUUACUUUAUGUCCCUCACUCAGCUUUUUCUUGAAUGCUGGAUUUAGGAACACAAAGGGCUAUAUGAUCCUAAAUUCACAAUUCAGAAGUGAGGUUAGAUUGCCUUGUCCCACCUGGACUGAAAAGCCCUGACACUUAGGCUGAAUUCAUCGCUCACACUGGGUAUAAUACUACAAAAUGAACAUUGCUUCCUCAGACAGAUUCUGUCCCUACUACCUUAGUUUCCAAAAAGGGCUCUGGGCUUGCCCACCUCAGAUUGAGCCUGGGCGUGUUCAGUACUGUUACCUUGAAUUUUAAAGGAUUGCUGAUAUUUUUAAAAUACACAAUAUGGAUAUGCAGAGUAUUGGCUCCAUUUUGUUCCUCCUGAGAGCUCCCUUUGACUCCAGCUGUAGUCAGGAAAGUCAGGAAGUACUAAGCAACUCCAGGGUAAACCUGAUUUUCUUUAUUAGCACUCAUCUUUUUUUGACUGAGUGAAUUGGGAAAUUAUAAAACUAAUUUUUAAAUUUUUAAGCAAACUAUCUCAUCAUUUUAAUGUGAUAAACUAUUGCUUUAUCUUUUUAAUGUGAUACACCAUGCUUUAUCAUUUUGAGAACUCAGGCUAUAGCUUUUU